CCUGGUUAACGCUCCAUGCCUGUCUCUUCCAUUGCAGGAGGCUACGAGAGGUUUUAUUCUGAGCAUCCAGAAUUCUGUGUGAAAACAAAAUCCCUGAGUAGCAUUUCCCCACCAGCCAGUGCUGAGCCUUUGGACCUGGGAUGUGGCUCCUGUGCAACACCCCUGCAUGAUCAGGGUGGCCCUGUGGAAAUCCUCCCCUUCCUCUACCUUGGCAGCGCAUACCAUGCAGCCCGGCGGGACAUGUUGGACACGUUGGGGAUCACAGCCUUGCUGAACGUUUCUUCGGACUGCCCCAAUCACUUUGAAGGACACUAUCAGUACAAGUGCAUCCCAGUGGAGGAUAACCACAAGGCUGACAUCAGCUCCUGGUUCAUGGAAGCAAUAGAAUACAUAGACUCAGUGAAGGACUGCCAUGGUCGGGUGCUGGUGCACUGUCAGGCUGGCAUCUCACGCUCCGCCACCAUCUGCCUGGCUUACCUGAUGAUGAAGAAACGAGUGCGGCUGGAGGAGGCCUUUGAGUUUGUCAAGCAGCGCCGGAGUAUCAUCUCCCCCAACUUCAGCUUCAUGGGUCAGCUGCUGCAGUUCGAGUCCCAGGUGUUGGCGACAUCAUGUGCUGUUGAGGCUGCCAGCCCCUCAGGGACCCUACGGGAACGUGGCAAAGCCAACUCCACUCCAACCUCCCAGUUCGUCUUCAGCUUCCCAGUGUCUGUGGGGGUCCGUUCCACCCCCAGCAGCCUCCCCUAUCUGCACAGCCCCAUCACCACUUCACCCAGCUGUUAGCCUGUGGUGCCAGCUAGGAUGAGGGUGACAGUGGUGUCACAGAUGCCUUUCGCAGGCAAGGACACUGACCAGGUUGAGCUGCCUGGGAACUGCCAGCUGCAAGGCCAUAAGAGCCAGAGUGAACCGCUGAAUGGCCAAGCAAAACUCCUUGACCAAGAGCAAUAAUGGCUGACUUUGCCACUGGUUUUGGACUACGUGUGUGUGAGUGUGCGCGCAUGUGUGCGUGUAUGUGUGCAUAUGUCUUUGUUUUGUUAGAGAAAUUUCUUACCUCAUUUUCGUUGUGUGUGUUUUUUUGGUUUUUUUUUUUUUAAAGCAGGAGGCUUGAAGUUGUGAAAUUCACAAAUCCUGACAAUGUGUCUGACCAGUUUUGCUUGGGAGAAAAAAGUACCAUUUCCCAAAGUGCCUGGUUUUGAUUUUUCCUGAUUUCUGCCCCACCCCUCUUAAAAAAAAAAAAAAAAAUCCUCCCCUGCCUCCCCCAGGGGAAAAAAAAAAACAAACUUUUUUUUUUUUUUUUUUUUUUUUUAACUCGGGCAAGGGGAUAUUUAUUGCAAAACUAUUUCUUCCAGUUAUUGAAUGCAGCAAUUGUGCUACUGGUGACAAUUGUAGAGCCUAUUUAUCUUGAACUAUGAGCACAACAGCAGCAUGCAGGUUUCAUGCAAGUUUCAAAGUAACUAGAGAACAAGUUGGUUGCUUGCGUGUCUGUGCAGACUAGUGCAGUGACAGUGGAGCCAUCUCCACUGGAGGGACGUGAGUUUCCUUGAGUCUGCCAUAACACAGGCUGGGGGAGGGGGUCCCUUGCUGGGCACUGGACUUGUAAUAAUAGGAUCACUUC